UUGGUACUUUGGUUACAGUUUUGCUCACUGAAUGACACAAUCCCUGUGCACGGUUACAUCAUAUCAAUAACGUUGGUACAUGUCAUUCGCAAACUGUGUGACGUUCGUUGACAUUCAUGAUGGAAUCAUUUCAUUCCGAUGUGCAAGACACUUCUGGUGAUUUAUUGAAUUUGGAUGGUACUGAUUCCAGUCCUAUAUCUGUUGUUCCGGUGGAUAGAUAUGAUUAUCAUGUUCCAAGUUUUGACAUAUCUACUGACGGUCUUGCUGAGGAUGACGACUCUGGAGUUGUAAUAUCGUCUUUGUCUAUAGAUUACCCGGAGGAGUUGCAUUCCUCGUUAGGUCCGGUUUCCGAUCGCAAUGUUGGUAACACUCCUGUUACCAAUCUUAAUCGCACAAGUGAUGCUGGCCGUGGUGCCUAUGAGCUUGUAGAGUUACCAGUUAUCCACAAUGUUCGUGGUAAUUCUGUCGACUCUACUUUCAAUGAUGCUAUAAAUGACACGGCUACUCCAUCAAAAUCUUUAACUCCGUACAAUAAGUUUCUUGAGCGUUUAAAGGAUGAAUCCUGUAUUGAGAUAAUUCGUGCUGUUAAAGGGUUAUUGGCUAUGUCCCUUGGCACCAUGUCACGUUCUGAGGCGGCUGCUGUCGUUCACAACUUUAUUGACAUCUACACUCCUCGUUUGCUAUCAACAGAUCCCUUCGUUUCGUUAUCUGAGGAUGAGCGUUUGGAGAGUGUUGAAUUUUUUGAGAAGUUUACUAUGCAGAAGUUAUAUUCCCAAUGCUACAGCAUGGAUCCUAAUGAUCGUAUAGAGGACGAGCGUUUAUGGAUUAAGAUUCGUUGUCUUGACUGGAUUGAGCCACAGCACCUUGAGAUCUCAUCUAAGGUAGAUUCUGAAUUGCUUAAAGGCGCCCAGGAGCAGUUACACAACAUAUCUAAAUUUAAGGCGCCUCGUGACAAGAUGUUCGGUAUAUUGAAUACAUGUCGUUUAGUAGUUCAUGCUUUAGAGGGUACUGGCACUUCUCCUGCAUCGGCUGAUGAUGCUCUUCCGUUAUUGAUAUAUGUAACAAUCCGUGCUAAUCCUCAUGAGCUUUGGUCUUCCAUUGAGUUUAUACAGCAUUUCCGUCAUCCCAGUAGACACAUAUCUGAGGAGGCUUAUGCUUUUACUUUACUUCUGUCUGCUAUAGAGUACAUUAAGUGCAUAGGGACCACUACUCAUUUUAAAAUGGACAUUGACGAGUUCAACCGUCGUUUUUCCGAGGCUCAGGAGCCGUAUAUGUCUCGUUUGGAGAAGUUACAGGAAUCGCAGCGUGUUCGUGACAGCGGACGAUCUCUUACUGGCAGUGUUAUGCUUCGUGGCACAUCGGUGUUAGCGCAGCUCAAGCGUAUAGCUCAUCCUGCUUUAUUAUUCAAGAGUGUAUUAUUCAACAAUCUUGCCGGCUCGGAGAUUCACGAGGCCAUUGAAUCACUAUCUGCUUUAGAAGUGUAUAUGCAGGAUGUGCCUUUAGUGUUCACUCCCGACGGUGAUCUCACUGAUGUUAGUGCCGCCCUGUUGAGUGAUUGGCGCGCUCUUACGGCAAUGCGCACUACGGCUUUGGAAACAGUAUCUAAAGUCAAGGGUUUACUCACCAAACUUUCUCAGUAAUAUAUUUUG